AUUCCGUAGUUUAAGUUCGUUUGAUUAGGCAAAAAGUUAAUUGUGAUCAAAAUUCUUAAGUUAAAUAGUGAUAAACGCAGUAAUUCCGAUAAACAAAUAAGAAUAGCGAUGAAUCUGAAUUUCAUGCUCACCGAAAUAUCGCUCCAGCUGCUGGGAAACAAGUUCUACGACACCAAUGGCCGGGAGACCGAUAAUAUGAGAGAUUUGUUUACGACCCAGAAUCCUACGGUUCCGUGCAAUAAUGGACAUCAACGUCGCGGACCAAAGACUAAGGGAAAUCUUAUGCAAAUGAUGGGCGUCCCGGGACUGGAUGGAGUGAUCAAAAAUAGUAACGACUAUAUCGAACGGCAGUAUCAGGGCUUCGUAGAUAAUCAGGUGGCCCGAAUGGAAUCUUUGCCGGAGUGUGAGGAAUCGGUUACGCUAAACCCGGCACAUAUUCAAGCCGAUUUGUGUGAAGUGCGGAUUAAAACGCGCCAGGAAUUUGUAAGGAUGAUGACCCAUUCCAAGAAAAUGAAGGAUAUCUAUAUGGAUACCUUACCGCUGGGUGCAGAUCGAGAUCGGGAGUCCCUGAAAUACAACGAAGAGGAACGGAACCUUCUAAUUGGCGAAUACAACCGAUUGCUGUACUUUUUGAAGCAUAUUUUGGCGGACGUCGAGAGUCGAGCAGAGUACGAGCAAAUCAUGGAAGUCAUCAAGGGUGCCAAAGAAACUUUAAAACUUAUUUAGUAACGGCGAGCACUUGCUUGUCACCUCAUUCUAGUGGACCUCCGAGUUACUUCAUGGUAUGUAUAAAAUUAUGAGAGUUUGAAAGUAGGCAUAGAGAUAAGUUUGAAUAGAACUUUUUGUCAUUUGGGUAACAUUUACCCUGAUAUUUGUUUUAGAAAUGAUACUUAAGUUCACUGUAUUGUA